AUGAAGAUGAGUGUGAGUCUCUUCUCUGCUGUCCUGUCUCUGCUGCUGCUGGGUCUCUCAGCUCAACACGAUGACCUGUUCUGGGCUUACACCAAAAGAUUUCCACAGUCCCAGACUAAAAAACUGAAAGUCUUUAGUACACUGCAAAAAACAUGCAGCUUACCAACUAUUAAACAGUUGAAUUUGGUGCGACCACAAGAGGAAGGUAUAAAGACAAAUGAUCCAAACGGUCCAGAUGUAACUUCUAGAAUUCUUGAGGCAAAUAAAGACAUCAGCCGUGAUCUGGUGGAAGGAGACGUCGUUCUUUCCAAGAAAAGGAACGCCAUGAAGUGCUGGAGCGGCUACUGCAAAUGGCCAAAAUCCUACAACGGACUAGUUGAAGUGCCCUACAGCUUCAGCGACUACUUCUAUGACAGUGAAAAGGCCUCAAUUGAGCAAGCUAUGGAAACCUUCCACGAGAAAACCUGCAUCCGCUUUGUUCCUCAUCGAGGCCAGUCGGACUACCUCCAGAUUGAGAGUGAGCUCGGGUGCUGGUCUACUAUUGGCAGAGACGGAGGGCAGCAGGUGGUUUCUCUCUCCGUCUAUGGUUGUCUUGACCGUGGGGUCGUUCAGCACGAGCUCCUCCAUGCACUGGGCUUCCACCACGAGCACACGAGGAGCGACAGGGACCAGUACGUCAGGAUCAACUGGGGAAACGUCCCAUCAGGUCAGGCCGUCAACUUCCACAAAGCGGACACCAACAACUUGAACACGCCGUACGACUAUUCUUCUCUCAUGCAUUAUGGAAGGACUGCCUUUGCAUCAGUGUAUGGAGAAGAGACCAUCACUCCCAUUCCAGAUUCCUCUGUGCCGAUUGGACAGAGGGAGGAGAUGUCUGAUAUUGACAUCAUCAGGAUCAAUAGGUUAUAUGAAUGCAACAUUUGAAAGAAGAUGAGAAGAACUCUGCUUUCGCAAGAUAUCUGCAAAACUUCAUAUCUGCCAAUGUGUGUAAUCAUAAUAUUGACUAAUUUAUGUAAAAAUCCCACCAAUUAAAUACUGAUAUAAUUGACUUGUUCUGA